GGUCUCCGGAUGAGGGUGGGGGAGGGGGUCCCGGGGAUGCGGGGUAGAGGGUCCCCGGGUGGGGGUGGGGGUGCGGUCCCCGGGAUGCAGACGGAGUGAUCCCCGGAUGGAGGGGAGGUGGGCUGGGGUUCCCGAGUGGGGGAUGGUCCAGGCUCCGGGGAUGCGAAUGAUGGGGUCCCCGGAUGUGGAGACGGGCUGUGGGCCCCCGCGUGUCCCUCUGGCGCCCAGCCCCCACGCACUGCGGCCCGGCCGCCCUCCCCCCGCGGCCCCCACUCGCAGGCCCCGGCGCCCCCGCCCUGCGACCCCCGCGUCCAUCCCUCCGGGCGCCGCCCCCUCCGCGCAGCCUCCCGGGAUCUGGGGGCCCUGCUGCCCCGCCCCUGCGCCUGAGGGGGGCGCCUCCCUCUCGGGGUACCCCGCGCCUCUCGCUGUGCCCCACCUGGGAGCCUCCGUCUCCCCCAAAACCCAGCCCGCCCAUCCGACGACCACCUCCCCUCUGAGCCCGGGCCGCCUGCAUUUUCUCCUCGGUGGCCACCCGGCGGCGGUGGCGGGGGGCGGGGGCGGGACCCUGGGCCUGACCUCUGGCCGCCCGCAGCCGCAGCCGCAGCCGCAGCCCAGCACCGAGUCCCCGCAGGGCCCGGGGCCGCAGGCACAGCGCGCGGCCUGCGAGCGGGGCUGUCGCCUCUUCUCCAUCUGCCGCUUCGUGGGGCGCACGGCGCAGCCCAACGCCACCCGGGCCGAGUGCGAGGCCGCCUGCGUGGAGGCCUACGUGCAGGACGGCGAGCAGCACGCCUGCCGGGAGGGGUGCUGGACCCCCGAGCCCGCCGCGCCCCAGCCCGAGCACAAGAGGAAGGUUCUGGAAGCCCCGGGUGGGGCCGUCUCCCUGCUGGACCUGUUCUCCACCCUGUGCAAUGACCUGGUCACCUCGGCCCAGGGCUUCGUGUCCUCCACGUGGACCUACUACCUGCAGACAGACCACGGGAAGGUGGUGGUGUUCCAGACCCAGCCCGUGGUGGAGACGCUGGGCCGAGAUGGGGCCCGCCUGCAGCGGGUCGAGGUCACCUGGCGGGGGUCCCACCCUGAGGCCCUGGAGGUGCAUGUGGACCCCUUAGGCCCCCUGGACAAGAUGCACAAGGCCAAGAUCCGCGUGAAGGCCACCGGCACGGUCAAAGUGGACGCGGAGCAGCUGCAGGACAACGACUUCCUCAGCUGCAUGUCGCGGCGCUCGGGCCUCCCUCGCUGGAUCCUGGCGUGCUGCCUCUUCCUGUCCGUGCUGGUCAUGCUGUGGCUCAGCUGCUCCACCCUGGUCACCGCACCCGGACAUCACCUCAAGUUCCAGCCCCUCACCCUGGAGCAGCACAAGGGUUACAUGGUGGAGCCUGACUGGCCCCUGUACCCGCCCGCCGCCCACGCCUACGCCGACAGCCCCCCACCCUACAAGCUGAAGCUGGACCUCACCAAGUUGUAGGCCUCGCACCCGCCCUCCCUCCACAGCCCCCUUCCCCCGGUCCUGGGGCGGCCUUGGCCCCGCGGGGGUAGAGUGGGAUCCCGCCUGGGGACCCCCACCCCCUGCCCAGCUCGCCGUCUCGUCCUGUCUUGUCGCUUCUUGCGUAUCCGAACCCCAGUGCCUGCAGCCACCCCCCCUCCUCGCUCCCGCCCCGUCUCUGGGGGCGAGGCUACAGGGACCCCUGCUCCAGGACCCCCUCCCCACCCCCACAGAGAUCCAGCCCCCAGCCCCAGGCAGAUCUGAGCGGGGGCGGCUGCGAGAAAUAAACCCGGAUAUGAUAA